GGACUGUGAUUACUAUUUUAUUUUAUUUAUUUUUUUUUUUUUUAAUGAAAAAUAUGGAAAGUCUCGAGGUAAUAUUUCUGAAGAUUAACUUUCAGUUGAACAAUGAGGAAACAUAAUCGCGUGAAAAUCAGACCGUAGAAUAACAAUUUUAGUGAUUUGUUCUUCAUAUAAGAAAAUCAAGGAUUGGGACUGAUAAUUUUACGUAAGAACUGUCGAUUAAAGUGAUUAUUAUUUUUCUCCACUAGUUCCGGAAUUCAAUGCUCGUUAUUAUAAUAUAUGUCUAGGAAUUUGUAUAUUAAAGACAUAUAUAGAAGAGCAAAAAUCCGUUUCUUCUUCUUAAAAAAAAAUUUUUUUUUUUUACUUCUCCAUAAAUUCACUUAACCCUGUUCUACGCUCCAGGAAGUGUUCGCCGGUCAGGCCACAAAACGCUACUUUCGAGCCUCUCAUGACCUGUAAUUACGGAAGUGUAAACACGGGUGUGAACAUUAUCUUUUUUUUUAAAAUUAAAAUAAAUUAAUUCAACGACUGCCAAAUUAAAUAUAAAUUCAAUAAAAAAUUGUUGGGAAUAAAAACGAAAAAUUUUUUUUUUGUUCCAAGGAGAAGGAAUAAAAAAAAAUUCAAAAACAAAUUUUAGGACAUAAAAGUUCAGUGAAAUAAUAAAUGAAUAUAAUAAAAAAAUAAAUGAGCAAAUAAAAAAAAUGAAUAAAAAAUAAAAAACAUAAGUGAAUGAAUAAUUAAUAAAAAAUAUAAAAGUUCAGUGCAAAAUCAAAUUAAAGAAGGAAAUAUAACAUUAAAAAAAAAUAAAUAAAUGAAAUGCGAUUUUUUCCGAAUGUUAAUUACAAACUGUUACCAUACAGGUCACGUGAUAGUGCAACGGUGCGUAAUUUGCAAGAAUGUUGUAUACCCGUUCACGUGUACUUUUGCCAAGAUGACGAUGAUGAACCGUUAAUUUUCAUGAGUGUUACGAUUGAUUCAAGGAAAUAGAAGAAAAAAAAAAAUUUACAAAAAAAAUAAAAUGGGAAACUCAAGAUCUCAACCAAGUAGAAAAAGUAAAUCGCAAUUUUUACUCUAUUUUCUUCAGCGCACAUGGAGUGCAGUUAUCGAUUCACAAACUAAAAAUGAUCGUUACGAGAACACGGAUCGAGAUACCGAUUUAUCAUCAAGAUGCAGUGGAUGCAAGGGAUGUGGUUAUCAACAGGACAGUCUUAUCUUCGACAGCGAGUCGGACAUGGCUCCAAAUGCCGAGGAGGAGCUGCUUGUCGUCAAACCCAGGGGUCUACAAUCGGAGAAGGAACGUUUGCGGCCUCCUACCUACAAUGCUGAAGAUUAUGCCAUAGCAUUAAGAAGGUGGGGGAGACGUCCUCUGGGAUCGACUCAAGAUUCUCAUGGAACUUUACCAUCAACGACAAGUUCCAGUUCCGGUUAUGCAUCCGGAAGUGGCGAAAUGACACUGAGACAAUUUACUUCCGUCAGUGAGCUUCUCAAUAAACUUCGAGCUGACCUUAGACUUGCAUUUCCAAGUUUUGUGCAGGAAUUCGCAUCACCUCCAGCUGAAGGAAUUACAUUAUUGCUGGAGACAUUGAGAGGUGUUCAGUUGGCGCAAACAUCACCACCUUCAGGCCAAUCUGGACCACGAGUUGGCACAAGAAGAGCGGCUUUAGAUGAAUUGGGAUGUGUCGAAUGUUUGGCAGCUUGUGGCGAGAGAUGUGCCGAUGCUCCUCGACUUUUAGCACAAGCACAACCAGGUUUAUUGGCUUUAGCCGUCUGUCUAACCAGCAGUCUAAACCGGUCCCGAGUUUUGGCUCUACAGCUGUUAACAAAAGUCUGUCAGUCUCCUGGAGGGCAUGCAGCAGUUUCUGAAGCAGUUUCAACUCUAAGGCUGAGAUAUGCUGAAGGUGGAAGAUUUAGGUUCCUCGCUGGAGCUUUAUUGGCACCGAGAGCUGCGAUGGCUUUAAGAGUCGCUGGAAUUUCAUUCUUGAAUGCCUUUCUUAAAUCUGCUCCACGAACACAAACCAGGCUAUAUAUUCAGACAGAAGCAUGCGAAGCAGGUUUGGAGCCUCAAGUCCUACAAGAAUGGCUUAAGGAAAUUGAUGGUCACGAGGAAGAUGCGUUGGCUGAUAUUUUACACAAAGAAAUUCAAAAAUGGACCCAAAAUUGCGUUGAUGUUGAGGCAUUACAAAGACGUGUUGCACGUUCCGAAGAAAAUUGUCGAAUAUUAAGUAAAAAAGUAACAAUACUUCAGAGUCAAUUACAAAAAUUACAACUUGAAAAAAUGAAUAAUUAUAAUAAUCAAGAUCGUUCGAAAAUUGUUGAUAAAAAUCCAAAUAAUCAAAAACUUUCUUCAAACGCCGAGGAUGAGGGUAUAAGUUCAUCUGAACGUUCAAGUAGUCCCGAGGAUCUUAAACAUAGACAAACAUCGGGAAAAAUUCAAGACAACGAUCAAGAAACAACAAUAGACGAUGUUAUUGAAGAAUUACGAAUAAUUGUCAAAGACGCCGAGGAAGAAUUUGAGGAUAGAAAUCAAAAUUCCGAAAUUAUUAACACCAAAGUUUCAAUUAAAAAUGAAAUUAAAACCUACGAUAAUAAAAAAUCAACUGUCGAAAUAAAAGACAAUUUAUCAAAAACAAGACAAAUAACAAGGACAAAUAUUGAAAAUGUAGAAAAUUUGAAAAAAAAUCAAAUCACCUAUUUUGGUUCCGAUCAAGAAUCAAUUAAUAAUAAUAAUAAUAAUUCAAGAAGAGCGAGUUCACAAGAUUCGGGACAUAUUUCUAAAUCAUCAAUGGAGCGAGGUGUGAAAAUAGUUGUAAGAGGUCCCGAUGUUGAGGAGGCAAUAGUUCCCGCAAUUUUACAUCCACAACCACCAAGAAGAACGGCAUCAUGUCUAUCAGUAAUGUUGGCAGUGAGAAAUUGCGAUUUAGUCGAUCACGAGGUAUAUAAUUCACACGAUGAAGAAAUUGAAGAAGAAACACUCGGCGAUGGUAGUGAUUCACUGUUAAGUGCGUCUAGACUCAAGUACAAUGAUGGAAAAGAAAAUCCAAAUAACAAUACUAAUAAUUUCCCGAUAAAUUCAAGAGUAAAGGUAACGGAGAAUUUUGAAAUAUUACACGAAUUUGGCAACAAUGAUAAAAAAGGGCCAAAUUCCAUUCCAAAAGCAACUUCCGAUCAAGUGGCAAUUGUUGCAAAUCAUUUAGAAUCAUUUAAACAAUUCGAAUCAUCUAAAAAUUCGUCACAAAAUCAUAGACAAAGAAGUGAAGUGGAGAAGAAAAAAUUUCUAAGACGAUCGACGAGUCACGAUUUUUUAGAGUCGAAUAAUUCAAGUCCUCAUUCAAGAAGAUCAGGCAGUAGAAUAGAAGGAAAAAUUCGCAAAUUCGAAAGUCUUAAUUCAUUUGACGAGCGACAGAGUCUACAGAAUUUUAACAGAUUCAUGGAUUCAAGUUCAUCGAACAAUCGACAAUCGUAUGGAAAUUCGAAUCUAAAAAUGCGUCGAUCGGAAUCAUUUCAUCAUGUUUCAUAUUCAUCGCGUAAAGAUCGAUGUUCAUCUCAAGGUGGAAGUGACAGUGGACUUUUCUACAUCACCGAUUAUGAUUUGGAACCUUAUAUACCAAAAAAAUCAACAGAAAUACCACCACAACCACCAAAAUCACCAAAUCUGACAAAAUCACUUGACAGAAUAGAUGAGGGUCUUGAUUCAAUGGUUGAUAUUGUUAUAACUGAACAAAAACAACAUUGGAAUAUAUUGGGUCAACGUUUCUUCAAGGACAAAUCAUCGUCAAAAAAAGAAAAUCGUGGCAAAUCGAAUCGAGAUUCUUUAAAGGAAAAAGAGAAACAAAAACAAAAUCAAAGGGAAUUAAAGAAUGACGAGCAUUAUAACGGCUAUGGUGGUAAUAAACAAUUACGAAACGAUGAACUGUACGAGGAUCAGAGGCAAUGGCAUUCACAUCAACAUCAUGAUGAGGUGAAUGGAUCGAGGAAGUUGAAUCGUUUGGAAUCACCCGCCGAUGACAAGUUCACAUUGCCAUCUCAGUUGAACAGAACAGGUUCGAGGCAUGAUUCUUUCAGUUAUGAGAAAACAGGCAGCAAGUUCAGUGGCAGGCCCAACGAGUCAGGCAUUUUUGCCGGAAGGCCAUAUGACGCUUUUGGUCUCGGGAAAAACCGGUUCAAUGCCGGGAAAUACUCCGGGAAUCAUUUGCCCAAGGAGAGUGUCGGUGGGGUAAGAAAUUCCACUUCCUCGCAUGUCACCAAGCAUGGAAAAGUCACUGACAUCCUUUCGGGUUUAUAUUAAAAAAAAAAAAAAAAAAAUCGAUUCUUCAGGAUAUUUCUCGAAAAUCGACCAAAAUAGUAUUAUAUCGAGCUAAUAUCAAGAUUUUUUUUCAUUUUUUUUUUUCGAUAUUUUUUCCUAAAUCGUUUUCCCCUAAAAUUCUAAGAAUGUAAAAUAUUUGAAUUUAUAGCUUCCAAUAUGUUUUGUAUUUUUUAAGUUCAAAAUUUCUAAUUUACUAUUUGUUAAUGUUUUUUUUUAUUUUGAUCAUACGAUAAAAUUAAAUAAAAAUCUGUUUCGAUGCAACUCAGAUUUUUAUUACAAUAAUUUUAACGUACGACCAAACUAAACAAUAUUUUGAUGAAAAUAAUUUUUAGUAGAUUUAUUUCUUAAUUAUCAAUUUUGUCAAAACAGUGAAAUAAUUCAAUUGAAUUUUUCGAUUGAAUGAAAAAUGUUUUUUUAUAUUCAUAUCAAUGAAUAUCGUUCAAGAAAAUCGAGAUUUUCCUGUCUUGAUGGAAAAAUUAACAUAAACUGUGCAAUAUUUAUAUAUGUUUAGAAAUAAAAUUAUUCAAAAUAUACAACAUAAUAGAUAAGAGCUACUUGAUUUAUUGUCGAAGUGCAAAGAAAAAAAAAAGAAAAUUCAAAAUUGUUAAAUUCUUUUUUUCAAAGUUAAUCUACCUCGUCAAUAUGUUAAAUGUGUAUAAACUUUAAAAUCAUCAUAUAAAUACAUAAUUAUUAGACAUUAAUUUAUCAAAAGAAAAUUAAGAAAUAAAAUUUAAGAAUUUCAUGACAAUUUCGUAAUAAAAGGGAACAAAUUAAACUUUUGAAAUACCAUUUAGUAUAAUUACUACUGUUAUAAAAAGUCUGUAUACUUAAUUGCUUUUUAUAAAUGACAAUUAAGGAUAUUUUAAAAAAUUUACUUCUAAUGGAAUACUUAGCGGUAUAAUAGAAAAUUUUGUAUUUAAUUUUUUUUUACUGAUUUAUAAUACCAUGAUAAAAUAUUUCGUGAUUUUUAAGAAUUCCAUUAAUAUUAGAAAUUCAAUUUGUAUAGUUUUAAUGUGUAUACUUGUACUUUUAGAGGUAAAGAACUUUUUUUUUUUGAUAAUUUGAAUUAAUAAGAAUUUAUAUAUAUAGAGAACAGUUUUUGUGGCUCUUGGUAAAAGAGAGCUACUAAUAACGGUUUGUUGCGAUUAAAAUGUCCACACCAGCAAUAAAUGUUUCUUGCUUAUAAUUUAUUGCAAUCACAUUUUAUAAUAUGGUAAAACGCCUGCGUUAAUAGAUUGUUUAUUGCUCUGGUGAUGAAUUUGUACGCAUGUAAUAUGUUGUAUUAAAUAAAUAAUUUUGUUUAUUAAGAUUCA